AUGAGUAGCGACGCCAAAGAAAGCGACGCUGUAAGCAACAGCGGCAGCCGGGAAGACCCCAUCCACGAAAUGAAAAAAAAACAGUUUGAGGAGAAGCAUAUGGAACUUAAGGAGAAGCUAAAAAGGCUCAAGAGUGUCAAUAAUAGUGGUGUAAAUGAUGAUGCCAAUAGUCUCGAUUCGGCCAAACAGGAGAAGGAGGGUUCCAACCCAGACGAAGCUACCAUUGAACAAGAUAAAAGUGAUAACAAAAGCAAGUUUCUUCAACUGAAGGAAAAGCUGAGAAGAAUCAAGGAGGAGAAUAGUGCCCUUGGGGUGGGGCGCGGAAGACAAAGCAUUCGCAGCGCAAGCAGCAGGCGAAGCAGGAUUAGCCAACGAAGCAACGGCAACGCGUGGUCACCACCCUCGGGGAAGACUACCAAGAUAGAACUCGCUCCAAUACAGAAGGACCGAGAAACCUUGCGAGCAGAACUGAAGAGAAAAUUAGAGAAGUUUAAAAGGGAGUAUGGAAUUUGUGAUAGCGAAAAGGGAAGAGCUGCCGAAGAGGAGGAGCAGCAGGAGCAACAGCAGAAACAGCAUCAAGAACAGAGGGUGCAUCAAGACAGAAGCUUAAGCAGAGGGUACCCAAACCGGAAGAACAGGAAACGUGCACGAGGAGGAAGUAACUCCACGAUCAAUCGUUCCACGUCGCGUCGGAUGAAAAAGCGACCAAGUUAUGAAAGCAUGGAGUUGUAUAUCCCCCCCGACAGAUAUAGAAUUAACGGUAAUAAUCCAAGCGAGUAUUACAGAAGGGGUUCCAAUAACUCCCCCCAGUAUAGCUCUGUCGAAAGGGCACAUAGGAGGGACUACCGCGGGAGGGUGGUCGCUCGCCGGGGCAGUUCCUCGCCUGAGGAGCGGGUCGGCAGGGGGAUGCGCGACAGCCCCAGGAGGGGGAGAAGCCGAGACUGGGGAAGAAGCCGGGACCGAGGCAGAAGCCGGGACCGAGGUAGAAGCCGGGACCGAGGUAGAAGCCGGGACCGAGGUAGAAGUCGAGACCGAGGUAGAAGUCGAGACCGAGGUAGAAGUCGACACUGGGGAAGAAGCCGGGAGAGAGACUACUGGAGAGAUAAGCACAUAUACUUGAAGGCACGAGAAAGGUGGAGCCAAGGGUGGGAUCACGAUGACGCACACUUCAGGAGGGAAGAAAGACAAAACAGAUAUUUGUACAAUCAACGGACAGGAGAAAAAGUAGAAAAGAAGUUCUUUCGAGUCCCCUUGGGAUACCACACGACGAAGGAGAGCUGGAACAGCUACACACACUGGUUGCAAAAAAAAAAUGACUACAGAUUUGGCCUACCCUUUGAUCAGAACAAAAUUUUCAGACGAUCUAAAUCGUUGUCUCCGACCACCUGGAAGAAGUUCGUGCCGAACUCUGAAGAGGAUGAUGACGAUGGGGUACCCUCGGGUUCCGACGGCGAAGGGAAGGCAGCCAAAAGGGAUGGAAAGAAUAGGCCUAAACACAGAAAAGGUGAAAAGACUCAAAGGGGAAAGCACCAUAAGGGGGACUCCUAUGUUGAUGGGCGCAGUGAUGAUGAUGGUGACGCCGGUCGAAAGCGGAACGGUACUUCCUCCCCAUCCAAGUCACGCUCGCGUGGUGAAAGGGGAAGAUACAACAGUAGUGAUACUUCACACAGACGGAGGAAGAGUAAGAAAUAUUCAAAGAGUAUAUCCUCGGGGGGAGAGGUAGAAAGGGGAAGGAGCCUCGGAAAGGGGAAGAGGCGAUCAUCAUCCGUGAUGAGAAGAAAGAGCAAGGCGGAGAGGAAGUCAUCCAAGAGGAGCAACCAUCACAGGUGGAGAAGGAGCAGAAGCAGUAGAAGCAGCGUAAGCAGCAGCAGUUACAGCGGCAGCCACAAGCGGAACAAAAAAAAACGUAAACAGAGAAAAGACGAAGAGGUGAAAACACGAGGCGGAAAAAAGCUCAAAGCAAAAGAACGCAAUGAAGAAGAACGCAACGGAAAGAAAAAGAGGAAGAGCAAACAUGAGGAGAAAAAAAAAAAAAAGAGGAAGAGUAAACAUGAAGAAAGGAAGAAGAAACCAAAAAAGAGAAACAAAGCGAAAAGAGACUCGGACCAUUCUGACAGCGGAGGGGAAAAGAGCGACGCCGCCGCUACUUCUGCCACAUCCCUGUCCUUCCUGUGCGAGGGGUACGACUUCCUGAAUGAUAAGGACACGAGCAAGGAGGGAUCAGGCGAAGGUGGGAAGAACUCCGAAGAGGGUAAAAUGGAGUACAAAGAAACAGAGGGGAAGGAAGAGGCACUGCUCGAAGCGCAGCAGGGAGCAGAGCUCAUCGGGGAGAAGAGCCCCAGCAACUUUGAAGACUCAUCCGGAGAAGGAAGCGACGUGGGACCCAAGCCACUAGACGUGAACGUCAAAUUAGCCAACCAACAAAUAGACUACGGUGCGGCCAUGAUGCCCGGAGAGGGGCAAGCCAUCGCGCAGUUCGUACAGAAGGGGAAAAGAAUUCCAAGAAGAGGAGAAGUCGGGUUGUCUGCUGAGGCGAUUGAAAAUUUCGAGAGCCUUGGUUAUGUCAUGAGUGGAUCGAGACAUAAAAGAAUGAACGCCAUCCGUAUGCGAAAGGAGAAUCAGGUAUACAGCGCUGAGGAGCAGAGGGCCCUCGCCAUGUUUAACUACGAGGAGAGGGCCAAUCGGGAGAAUGCCCUCAUAAGUGACUUGAAGGAGGUUCUGCGGAAGCAGAACGAGGCAAUCUUAAACGAGAGUAAGAAUAACUAA